UGCAAUGAUAAACGGCAUACGGGUUUCGCAAUGCUUUAUGCACCCACACGCGUAUAUAAGAACAAGCCUUGUCAUACCUCCGAGUACUUGAACUUGAAAUUCUAAACGCACAAUAUGGCCUUCAUGUUAGAAACUGUAUUACUGAUUUUACUCGGUGUGACGGUACACGGACAGGACAGCCAGGACACGGAAAUUGUUUUGUUGCCACUAUGGAACACGGAAGAUCGUACAGAGGUACCACUAAGUUUUAACGCAUUCGAUCGGUCUGUUCGCUUGAAAUUACGUAGAAACGACAAAAUCGUAGCUCCAAACUUUCAAGUUUGGAAACACAACGAGGAGGACCACCUGGUAGAGCUACCUGAACUCGGUAAACCGCAUUCUUGCCAUUAUCUGCAUCGGAACGACUUCAGUUCGGCGGCCAUUAGUCUCUGCCAGGAACGUGGCAUGCAUGGUCUAAUUUUCUUGGACAACGUUACACUAGAAAUAUCGCCGCUUCAGACCGAAGAAGUCUCGUUCUUGGACGACCAUCGCAUCAGACAACGUUCAGAUUUUCUCGGGGAGCCACAUAUCGUCAAAAGAGCACAGACUCCGUCCAUAUUCUUCGAGAAUGAGCUGAACAAUUACAUACGCGAUGACACCAUGAAAAAUGUCAGGGCAAGAGAACAAUUGGAGAAGCUCGGAGCGAAGAAGUCAGAUGAGGCUUUGACCUUGGAACUGGCGGUUUUCUUCGACGAGCCGGGUUACAAUCUUUUCGCGCCCUUCUUCGACAGAGACGACGAGGAAAUACGAAACAUGAUGUUAGCCUAUAUAAAUGCUGUACAGGCAAUUUAUCAUCAUCCCAGUUUAGGAAUUGUAAUUGAUAUCUCCCUGGUGAGAUUGGAGAUCAUGCAAAAACAACCGCGAGACCUACCCCAUUUCGAUGGUCACAGAGGCAGUCUUUUGGAUUCGUUUUGUAAUUACGCCAUGAAGAGGAAUCCUCCAGACGAGUUUCAUCCUAAUCAUUGGGACAUGGGCCUCUACGUUUCCGGAUUGGAUUUCUAUGCUAUGGAGGCUGGACGAAAGAACAGCGCUACCAUGGGACUGGCAACGGUAGGCGGGAUAUGCAUCGAUCAGUACUCCUGUGUUAUCGCUGAAUUAGGUGUCACCAAUCAAUUUGGAAAGCCGUUCCCGUCCGCGGGCUUCACGUCUGUCUAUAUAGCUGCGCAUGAAAUUGGUCACAACCUAGGGAUGCAUCACGAUUCGACGGGCAACGCGUGCCCGAAGGAUGGUUACAUAAUGUCCCCGAGCAGGGGCACUCAUGGCGAGACAGUUUGGUCAGAAUGUAGCCGUGACGUGGCCGAGAGGCUGUCCUACACGAAACCCUGCCUAAUGGAUCGACCGUUUGGCAAACCGGACGACAGACUCGAUCAUACCCGAUUCUUCGAUCUGCCAGGACGAGAAUGGACCGCUAAAAAGCAGUGCGAGAUCCUGCUACGCGAUAAGGACGCUACGGUAGGAACCUAUUGCGCGCCAGGGAAGGAAUGUCGUGGUGGUGAGUGUAAGAACGCGUUACAAAUUCCCCCGGGAACGAACGGCCCUCAGAUCCAACCUGGAGGAUGGAGCGAGUGGUCGCCGGGACCGUGCACCAGUGGAUGUCUAUUUAAGUCCACCGGUGCACAGAGCAGACGACGAUUCUGCGACAGACCGCCUCCAAGGAACACGGAAGCGGGCUGUCAAGGAUCGCGGUACGAUGUCGUUCUUUGCCGGGACGAUAAGCUUUGCAAGAAAAAACGUCGUAGUAUUGUCGAGUUCGCGACCCUCAGGUGCGCAGAGUUCAGCGAAAGGCUGACAGAAUUGGACGGUAAGGGUGGCGGGUUGCAGGCACCGCACGAACCGGAUAGACCGUGGAUGGCCUGCGCUAUAUUCUGCCGGCGAAAAGACAUAGCGUCUUAUUAUACGCCGCGUGUCGAAUUAAACGACCUUGGCCUUGACCCAUACUUUCCGGAUGGAACAUGGUGCCACGCCGAGCACGGACAAAAUUAUUUUUGUCGGCAGCAUCAUUGUCUGCCGGAGAGCUUUCGUUUCGAGAAAACCCUGUCGAACGACCGUCAACGGGACGACAAUGUAUUCGGGCCACAGAACGCCCAUCCCGAUGGGCUUCGUCUCGACGAUCAGGUGAUCAAGUAUCUGAGUUUGGGACCGGACGGUCUGCCACUGUUGACCUCGCUGUCUCACGGUAUUGGGUUUCCACCGGACGAGGACGAAUGGAUCGAUAAAGAUUACAUUGAGUUAACGAAACCGCCGGAAGAGGUUGCCUUCGAUCCGCUAUACCUACGAUUAAUGAAAAAGUAA